GAUCACAAUACACAGUGCAAUAUCCUUCAAAAAACCUUAACUUCUCCAUAACAAAGAAAAAUUAAGAGCACCUGCAAUAUCUGAUUCUAAUGGACCCAGGAAGAGAAGAUGAGGUACCUUUAGCAGCUACCAGCCCAGAAUCAAGGAGGACCAGGUCCAAUGGCAGAGGGAAAGCCACUGUUGGGGAUGCUCCUCCACCUGCUGAAACUGUGGUUUCCACAAAAGCUGCUCCACUCCCAACAGGUGGGUGGAAAAAGGGGAUUGCAAUCCUUGAUUUCAUCUUGAGGCUAGGUGCCAUUGGGGCUGCUAUGGGUGCUUCCAUCCUUAUGGGGACCAAUGAACAGAUACUUCCAUUCUUCACACAGUUCCUUCAGUUCCAUGCUCAAUGGGAUGAUUUUCCAGUAUUUAAGUUAUUUGUGGUAUUAAAUGCACUAGCAGGAGGAUUCCUCAUCCUCUCCUUGCCAUUGUCAAUUGUCUGCAUUGUGAGACCCCUUGCAGUGGGGCCAAGGUUUUUACUUCUGAUCACCGAUCUAGUGAAUAUGGCCACAGUUAUUGCAGCUGCUUCAGCUGCUGCAGCCAUUGUGUACGUUGCCCACAAUGGAAGCCAAGAUGCAAAUUGGAUUGCAAUUUGUCAGCAGUUCACUGACUUCUGCCAGGGUACAAGCGAGGCAGUGGUGGUUUCUUUCGUUGCGGCGGUUUUCUUAGUUUGCUUGAUUGUGGUGUCCACUUUAGCCCUCAAGAGGACUUGAAAAACUGAAACUGGACAAUGGUGGUGGUGGUUGUUGAUAGAAGUUACUCUUUUGUAGCUGUUCAAAACUUGAAUGAGUUUAUGGUGUGCACCUUGUGUUUGUAAGAAUGAUCAAUUGAAGAAUCAUGUUUGAAAGUUGAAACCUCUAGAAUUGAGUUGUUGGUGAGUGAAUUGGGUAGUUUGUGUCAGGUGUUCAAAACAUUAUUGUCGAACACUAUACUACAUACGAUUUUCGAAACAAAAGAUGGACAAUUUCGACAA